AGACGAGGAGGCUCCAGCCACCUUGGCACAAAUCCCAGGCAGCCUUUCCACCACCUGCAAAAUGCCACGUGCCCCACAGUGGCCCCGCUGCUCCAGCUCCCGGUGACUUUUUCUGGGAUGAGGUGGUUUGUUCCCUGAGGAUCUCUACGUGCCCCCAUGGAGUACAUCAGCACACGGGGAGGCACGAGGGCCGUGGACUUCGAGGGAGCCCUUUUCUCUGGCUACGCACCCGAUGGGGGCCUGUUCAUGCCCCAGAACAUCCCCUCGCUGGACAGGGACACCCUGUGGCGCUGGAGCAGCCUCUGCUACCGUGGGCUGGUCAAGGAGCUGUGCUCCCUCUUCAUCCCAGCUGACCUGGUCCCACGGAACACACUCAGUGACCUGAUCGACAGGGCCUUCAGCAGGUUCAGGCACAAGGAUGUUGUCCAUUUAUCCAGGCUGAAAGACGGGCUGAACGUUUUGGAGCUCUGGCACGGGGUUACUUAUGCAUUUAAGGAUCUGUCCUUGUCCUGCACAGGGCAGUUUUUGCAAUACUUCUUGGAGAAAAAGCAGAAGCACAUCACUAUUCUGGUGGGGACUUCAGGGGACACUGGGAGCUCGGCCAUCGAGAGUGUGAGAGGGCAGAAGAACAUGGACAUCUUUGUUCUGCUGCCCAAGGGGCUCUGCACCCAGAUACAGGAACUUCAGAUGACCACCGUCAUCGAAGACAACGUCCACGUCUUUGCUGCUCACGGGAACAGCGAUGAAAUUGAUGAGCCGAUCAAGGAGCUGUUCGCUGAUGACGAUUUUGCCAGAAAAUACAAUUUGAUGAGCUUGAAUUCCGUCAACUGGUCUAGGAUUAUGGUGCAGAUUGCUCACUACUUCUAUGCUUACUUUCAGUGUACCCCAUCCCUGGAUGCCAUCCUGCUGCCAGUGGUGGAAAUUGUUGUGCCAACAGGAGGAGGAGGAAAUAUCACAGCUGGCUGUAUUGCCCAGAAAAUGGGUCUCCCGAUUCGACUUGUUGCCGUGGUGAACAGCAAUGACAUCAUUCACAGGACUGUCCAGCAUGGAGAUUUCUCACUGGCAGGGAGCGUGAAGGCUACCUUAGCAUCAGCCAUGGAUAUUCAGGAGCCUUACAAUGUGGAGAGGAUCCUGUGGCUGCUCUCAGGCUCUGACAGCCGCCUGAUAAAAACACUGAUGGAGCGAUUCAGCCAGUCGAAAAGCCUAAAGCUGCCGGAGGAUUUGCACAGAAGGCUCUCCGAGACCCUGCGAUCCUGCUCAGCCUCCGACGAGGAUAUUGUUGGAGCCAUGCGGCGCUGCUGGGAGGAAAACCAGUACCUGCUGUGCCCCCACUCUGCCGUGGCUGCUCACUACCACUACUCUCAACCAGACAGCAUUCCCCGGUGUUGCUUAGCUCCAGCCUCCGCAGCCAAAUUUCAGGAUGCCGUGCUCCGAGCUGGCCUGGUUCCUCAGAUUCCCCCUGAAAUCACUGCCCUAACAGCGAUGGAGACCAGGUCCACUCCCCUGGAGCGGGGACAGGACUGGGCACAGGUGCUCCGGGAGCGGAUUGGAGCCGUGGCACAGCAGUGGGAGGCAUAGGGGGGGUCAGUUUGCACCCCUGGGGCAGCGGGAGAUCAGGGGGAAGGCAGUCACACAGACCUGAGCUACUGGGCACACUGGACAAUGCCUCCCAGGGCUCAUUCUCCAUUCCCAGGAAACCCCCAUUUUAUGCUGGGAGCCUCCACGCAAUGAUUUAUUAGCAAGAACACACUUCCCCAUUCAAGUAUAUGGACUGUUUCAUAGUAUUUUCAGUAAAGAGCUCUGCAAUUGUAUCCCAUUUUUCCUAAUAAUUCAUAUAAACCAAUAGAAACUCUGAGUAAACCUGCCUGUUCCAUCUUUACUGGCUGUUACAGAAAGCUUCCUUAGCAAUACCCAUUGCUUCUUGAGCAUUAUCCAGUGGUUCUGGCUCCAUGCUGGGAUGUUCAGCCCAGUGAUCCCAGUAACAUCCAAGAUGCUCAAUGGAAAACACAUGCAAGACUGGGGCGAAUCCACUUUACCCAUCCCUGUAAUUUAGGCAGUGGCAGGGAUCAUUCCCAGGCAUUGAAACUUACUCAGUAAUAGUCUUAAAUAGCAGAUGUUUUCCCUGGACAUGCUUAUCUCACAGCACUGGAAAAUUGUUCUUUAUCUUGCAGCUUUUGGUCCUAGUCCUGCUGCAGACUCUUCCUGGGCAACUUCCACUGUAACGAGUAGGAAAUGGGAAAUUCCCCUCAUGCUCUGCCUGAAACUUCAGCUCUUUCAAUACCACGUUCCCAUCAUAUACAUAUAAAUAUAUAAAUACCUUGUGUGGGAGCUGCCUCCACAAGUCGUGCAUCUGGCAGGAGUCUCUUGUGCCUAAAAAAGGGGAAAGAAAAAUAGGAAUAAUUAUACCAGGGGGGAAAAA